AUGCGGCCAGCGGCUCGCUUCAGCAGCAGGGCCGGCGCGUACGGGGUGGAGAAACCCCUGCGUGCCGCCCAGGCAUGCACAAAGGCGGCAGAGGCGACCAAGCUGAGGCCCGCCCACGCCGCCCAGCUCGAUGGCGACAAUCUCUGCGCCUCGCUCAGCAGCGUGCUGUCACCUUGCUGCCAGACCCCCACAGCCACGGCUUCCCGCCCAGCGCCGCCGCCCGCCGCCGAGCUGGCGCCUGAGGCCCGCGAGCAGCUGCACGCGCUCCUGGAUGCCGGCCGCCUGCUGGGGCGCCUGCUGGACGGCCUGGCCCGCGCGCUGGCGGGCCGGCAGGCCCUGCCCAGCCACGUCGAGGCCCUGCUGGCCCGCCUCUUCCCCUCGGCACGCACCAUCAGCGUCACGCUGCCGUCGGCAGACGGCCAGGGCCUGGCUGUGACCACCCUGCUGCACGCCUGCCAGCCGGCGGCCCAGAGCGGCGGCGCCGCGCACCACAGCGAGCCCCUGGGGCGCGGCGUCUGCUCCUUCCACCUCUCGGUGCCACCCAGCGGUGCCUCACUGCGCCUCAUGCGCGCGUUAAUGCACCAGCUGGCGGCGCGGCUGCGGCUGGAGGCGGCAGAGGGCGCCGCCGCCGCCACGGCCGCGACCCCGGCCUGCAGGCCGCCCAUGGCGCGCGGCGCGGCCGCGGCGCCGCGCCCGGCCUACGCCGCCCCCGCCCCGUCUGGCGCCCUCGGCCACUCAAUGCCGGCAGACUGCUUCUGGAUGUCGAUGUGA